AGUAGCCCAAGUCCAAAACCCUGCGGGUGGGGCUCAACCGAAAUUGGCUCGAGAGUUAAGAAAGGGUUCAUGAGGUGGAGAAAAUUGAAAUUAGUAGGCUCCCAGUCUGCGCUGAGUCUUGAGGACAACAAAAGCAAAGCAGUGUUUUCUGUGCUGAUUUGAAAACCCUACAACUUCUCUUGCGCUGGGUGUGGCAGGCGAGGCGAUGAGAUGAUGGAUCGCAGAUUGUACCGCCUCAUCUGCGUUUUUCUUCUACUGUUCCUCGCAGGUAGGUCAUAUGGAUCUCCCAUUGGAACUCGUAAGACUGGGAGGUCAUCAGUGUUUUCUUUAUUUAAUCUUAAAGAGAAGAGUAGAUUUUGGAGUGAGAAUGUUAUGCAUAGUGAUUUUAAUGAUUUGGAAUCAGCCAACAAUGGGAAAAUGGGUGUUCUCAAUUACACCAAAGCAGGAAAUAUCGCAAAUUAUCUAAAGCUUUUGGAAGUUGAUUCUAUGCAUCUUCCAGUCCCUGUGAAUUUUAUUUUUAUAGGAUUUGAAGGAAAAGGGAACCAUGAAUUUAAGCUACAUCCUGAGGAACUUGAGCGCUGGUUCACAAAAAUUGAUCACAUCUUUGGACAUACACGAGUUCCACAUAUUGGAGAAGUUCUUACUCCGUUUUAUAAGAUUAGCAUAGAUAAGGUGCAGCGCCAUCAUCUUCCUAUUGUCAGUCACAUAAAUUACAAUGUUUCUGUUCAUGCCAUACAAAUGAGUGAAAAGGUUACCUCGGUUUUUGACAAUGCCAUAAAUGUUUUAGCUCGUAGGGAUGAUGUGUCUGGUAACAGGGAGGAUGAAGAUACUUUUUGGCAAGUAGAUGUGGACAUGAUGGACGUUCUCUUCUCUAGCCUUGUAGACUAUCUACAACUAGAAAAUGCAUACAACAUUUUUGUUUUGAAUCCCAAGCAUGAUGGAAAAAAAGCUAAAUACGGCUAUCGGAGAGGUUUAUCUGAAUCAGAAAUAAACUUUCUUAAGGAGAAUAAGGACUUGCAAACAAAGAUUCUUCAGUCAGGAACUAUUCCAGAAAGUGUUCUUGCUCUUGAAAAGAUUAAGAGACCCCUGUACGAAAAGCAUCCAAUGGAGAAGUUUGCUUGGACAAUAACUGAAGACACUGAUACGGUAGAAUGGUCCAAUAUUUGCCUAGAUGCAUUGAAUAAUGUAGAUCGGUUUUAUCAAGGAAAGGACACUGCUGAUAUCAUUCAUGGCAAAGUUAUACAAAUAUUGAAAGGAAAGAAUGAAGAUAUGAAACAGCUAUUUGGAAAAGAAUUAAAAUCUGGGGACUUGAGUGGUAUCCAUGCAGAGUGUCUUACGGAUACAUGGAUUGGAAAGGACAGAUGGGCAUUUAUUGAUUUAAGUGCAGGCCCUUUCUCUUGGGGCCCUGCUGUUGGUGGAGAAGGUGUGCGCACGGAACUUAGUUUACCAAAUGUGAAAAAAACCAUUGGUGCUGUUGCAGAGAUUUCAGAAGAUGAAGCUGAAGAUCGCUUGCAAGAUGCAAUUCAGGAAAAAUUUGCCGCUUUUGGUGAUAAAGAUCACCAGGCUAUUGAUAUCCUUCUAGCAGAGAUUGAUAUAUAUGAGCUUUUUGCUUUCAAACAUUGCAAGGGAAGGAAAGUUAAGCUUGCUCUUUGUGAGGAGCUUGAUGAGAGAAUGCGGGAUUUAAAAAAUGAGCUCCAGUCUUUUGAAGGUGGAGAAUAUGAUGAAAGCCAUAGAAGAAAGGCUGUAGAUGCAUUAAAUCGAAUGGAGAGCUGGAAUUUGUUUAGUGAUACUCAUGAGGAGUUCCAGAACUACACAGUUGCACGUGAUACUUUUCUUGCCCAUUUGGGUGCAACAUUGUGGGGCUCUAUGAGACACAUUAUAUCACCUUCCAUUGCUGAUGGGGCUUUCCAUUUUUAUGACAAGAUAUCUUUUCAGUUGUUUUUUAUCACUCAAGAGAAAGUUAGACACAUCAAACAAUUGCCAGUGGAUCUCAAGGCGCUCACAGAAGGGCUUUCCUCUUUGUUGUUACCUUCUCAGAAAGCUAUGUUUAGUCAGCACAUGUUACCACUUUCAGAGGAUCCUGCUUUGGCUAUGGCCUUUUCAGUGGCACGGCGAGCUGCAGCUGUCCCACUUUUGCUUGUUAAUGGAACAUAUAGGAAAACAAUUCGGACCUAUCUUGAUUCCUCCAUUCUCCAGCACCAGUUGCAGAGGCUCAAUGAUCAUGGUUCUCUUAAAGGGAUGCACGCCCAUAGCAGGUCCACGCUGGAAGUUCCAAUUUUUUGGUUUCUUCAUAGUGAACCGUUAUUAGUUGACAAGCAUUAUCAGGCAAAGGCGCUUUCUGACAUGGUUAUUGUUGUCCAGUCAGAGACAUCAUCCUGGGAAAGCCAUCUGCAGUGUAAUGGGAAAUCACUUCUUUGGGAUUUGAGGAGGCCCAUUAAAGCUGCACUGGCUGCUGCUUCUGAACAUCUUGCUGGUCUGCUUCCCCUGCAUCUUGUUUACAGUCAAGCUCAUGAAACUGCAAUUGAGGACUGGGCAUGGUCAGUGGGAUGCAACCCUCUGUCUAUCACAUCUCAAGGCUGGCAUAUUUCACAGUUUCAGUCUGAUACAGUUGCUCGGAGCUAUAUCAUCACAACCCUUGAGGAGUCGAUACAACUUGUCAAUUCAGCCAUUCAUCGUCUUGUCAUGGAGCAUACAACUGAACAAACUUUUAAGCUCUUCCAAUCCCAGGAGCGUGAUCUAGUUAACAAGUAUAACCAUGUUGUUGGACUGUGGAGAAGAAUUGCAACCGUAACUGGAGAACUUCGUUAUGUGGAUGCCAUGAGACUGCUAUAUACCCUGGAGGAUGCAUCCAAAGGGUUUGUUGGUCAGGUGAAUGCAAGUAUAACCCUUCUCCACCCGAUCCACUGCACCAGACAGAGGAAAGUUGACGUGGAGUUUGAUAUGACAACUAUUCCUGCAUUCCUGAUUGUCCUGGGUGUUCUCUGGUUGGUGUUGCGGCCAAGACGUCCCAAGCCUAAGAUUAAUUGACAAUAUCACUAGUACACCAUGUUUGGUACUUCUGUUAGAAGAGUAGCAGCCUUCUGGAGAUUAUGUAUGAGGGAGGUGCGGCAUGGCAUUUUUUUUCUUCCUUUUUUUGUAUUCUAUCUCCAUGUUCAGGGCAACCAAGUGCCUUAAAAUGAAAGUUGAUCAAAGAACAGGUAGGAAAGGAAAAAAAAGAAAAAGAAAAAGGGUUGUGGGAUGACCCACUUAGCCAAAUACGAUGAGAUGAGGAUGAAUGUGAAUGCAGAUGUUGUAGAUUUACCAGAGUUAUUUUUUGUUGAGUACAUCGGAAGGUCAUUUUCCUAUUCAUUAGGCAUUCUUGAAA